AUGUGGGCGCUGAGCGGCGGCGAUCCCGAACGGCUGCGGUCGUGCGCGUCGAAGGCCCUCAAGGAAGGCCUGGUUAAGGGAUCUGGAGGCAUGAUCGAGGACCCCCUCGCUAUCGAGGGCGCCGGGCUGCGCUACGCGCGCGUGGCUCCCCUUUUGAAAACCUCGGCCGGCGCGCCGGAAGAGCCCGAGGAGCCGCCGAAGAUGUUCAAGCUCGACGACGCGGCAAUCGAAAAGUGGAUACGGGGUCAGAAGAUUUCCACCGAUCGCAUUCCGAAAAAAGCCGCCGAACGCCGGGCGUGGCUGCUCCGAAAGGCGGGAGGCGCGGCGAACGCGGCGCUCCAAGCGAGGCGCAUGUUCGCGAAAGCGCGAGCGGUCAAGGCGACGGGGGACGUCCACUUGGGAUCGGCCGCCGAACGCCAGUGCCGGCGCCUGGAGCGACGAUUGGUCAGAAAGGAGCGAAAAGAACGCAUAAAGCGGGCACGCGCCGCGCUCGCGCUCGACGGCGGCCUCGACGCCGACGAGGCCGACGUCGAGAUUGUCAAUGCGCUCGCGGGGUACGGCGCCGGGGGCCUCCAACGGCCGCUGAAAGAGAAGGAUAAAAUCCGCAUCAAGAGCUGGGGCCACGGCUUGUUGAAAAUACUGGAGAGGGAGGCGGACUCGGACGACGACGACGGUGGCGUGGAGAAGACGGAGACCAAGUUCGAGGCGGUCCGCGACGUCGUAGCGGAGGUCGUCGCUCCGCUCGAGCUCGUCGUCUUCGACGGCGCCGAGCCGCGCACCGAGGCCGCCUACGUGGUCAAGGCGGAGCAGGUCGUCCGGUUCGAAGUCCGACCGGCCAACGCCGACGGGGAGUCGCGAGAUCCCCGGGAGGUGGGAAAGAAACGAGAUGAUAGAAAACGGAAGGACGAGAAGAAAAAGGCGGACGAGCGCCAGACGGCCGAGCGUCAGGCGCGCAAGGCGAUUCGGGCGAAGCACGCCGUCGGCGCGCGAGUCGUCCUCGACCCCGAAAUCGUCCAGAAGUACGGCAGCCGCGACACGUUGACUGAGGACUGCUGGGGCACGAUCACGCGCAUUGACGGCGAGCGCGCGCGCGUGGCGUGGGACGCCGGCACACCUGAGGCGAGGUCCGGCAAGACGUCGUUCCCCCUCGAAGUCACGGCGCCGCGCAUCAUCGGCCGCGGUGCGACCGUCCUCCGCGCGGAGAUUCGAGACGUCGCCGAGCUCGGCGACGCCAAGAAGGCGAUCGAGGCCGGCGUGGAUGCGACCCAGGGCGCGCUCAUCAGAGCGCUCGACGGGCCGAAGGACGCGUUCGUGAAACGAUGGCUCGAAGAACGCGGCCCCUUGGCUACCAAGGACCCGUCGAUCGCGGACCCGCAGAUCUGGACGCGGGGCGCCUCGGACCGGUCCAAGACCAUCGUGUGGGGCACGGUCCUCGACAACAAGGACGGCAUCGUCUGGCAAGCUCCGAACACCGAAGAGGCGCAGCAGACGCUCGCGCUCUUGGAACGGCUUGGCGGGAGGCUCCGCUUGAGCGCCGGUUGGGAGGUUCUUGGUGGAGCGAGAGGGACGUACGGCGUCGUGGACCCUCGGGCGCGUCCCAAAAGGGGUAUUGUGGGCAGCCUCAUGAGCAUGUGGCGGUCGGGCGACGACGACGAAGCAUCUGCCGUCAUCGACGACGACGAAGACGUUGACCCUGCGCUGGCGAGAAAAGCCGAGCACUGGGUCAAGCUGUUUCGAAUCGUCCGCGCCGUGCCGCACCUGAUGAUCGCGUGCGACCGGUGGCGGGCCGGCCGCGCCAAGCGGCGCGCGGCGCGGCGCGAGAAGAAGAAGGCGCUGCCGACGUUGCCUCCGAAGCCGCUUAAGGCGCCGGGCGGGAGAGAUUACGUGGCCAAGCGCGAGGUGACGUUCGUCGUGCCCGCGCACAACGUGCUGGAGGCGCGCGCCGUCGAGGGCGCGGCGCACAAGCUUUCGUCGUUCAUGGCCGGCGUCAGGGCCGCCGCGCGGGACGGCCGGCCGCUCGGCGCGUGGCUCCCACGAACGCGCGCGCUGCUGCGCGCCGACUGGCUCGAGUUGGCGUGCUCGGGCCUCGACCGCGGCGACGCGGCGUUGCUGGACGCGAUCGCCGGCCUACGAGUCGUCGACGAUCCCGUGCCGCUGGACGUCGACGGGCUCGUGCGGAACACCGCGGCCGCGGCGCUGGGCAACACCGACGGCGGCAUGCGGGCGGUGCGCGACACGCUCCGAAAGGCGCGCGAUAAGCUCAAGGACGCUGCCAAGAAGACGGCACAAAACGAGGACGGUAAAGAGGCGGCACAAAAUGACGGCGGUAAAGAUGCCGCCACGCGCAAAGAGGCGGCCACGCGCAAAGAGGCGGCCACGCGCGUCAAGCCCAAGUCCAAGGAUGAACGGGAGCAAGAGGAGGCGAGAGAGCGUCGCGAGGCGGCGCUGGCGCCGAAGCAGCGCCUCCUCUGGCGGUCCGAGGCGGCGCGGAAGGUGCUCGUGCGACUCGUCCGCGAGGCGGGAGAGGACAGCGUCCUGGGCGGAUCCGCGAGAGGAGACGACGUGCCGGACCGACUCCGCCACGCCUACGACCUGCUCGUCGUCGCGCCCCCCGCCCUGGCGACCGACUGCGCGGCGCAGCUCAAGGAGGUCCAGGCCAGCCAGUCCCUCGAGGGGGCGACGCUGGUGAAAGUGGAGGACGCGUGCAAGGCAGUGCGCACGGCGGCGCGGGCGCUACCGAGACUCUUCGAGGAACUGGUGCGGGCGGCGCUCGACACGACGGACGCCUCGCGGCGGCGCGAGGUCAUCGAGCACCUCGUCCUCGGUGAUAACGGCCGGAUCGUCCGCAGCAUCGUCUCGGCCGGCGCGUCGUCGGACUGGCUCAUCUCGGUCCUGCGCAAGGAGGGCGCCUGCGAGGGGUCGCCGUUCCCGUUCCCCUUCGGCGUGCGGCACUACGCCGUGGCGGGCUGCCGCGUCGCCCCCGACUCGCGCAACGUCGAGCUCAAGGAGCUGGAAAGCGUACCCGCGCUCCAGAAGACGGCCGCGUCGGACCGCGCGUGGGAGAUGCGCGGCAGCGGGUGGCGCGAGGCCUGCCUGAGUAUCCUGGACUCCCUCAAGGCCAUGGACGUCGACGCGAAGUUCGCCGAGCCCUCGCCCUUGACGUCGGGGAAGAACCCGAUGGACCUGGGCACGCUUCGCGCGCAGUUUAGCAAUUACCCCGACGCCGAAGCCUUCGCGAAUGACGUGAAGCUCGUGUUCACGAACGCCCUCGCUUAUUGCGACCGCGCGCCCAACUCUGAUAAAAUCAGAGAGACGGCGGCGCUCGCGAGGAAGAUGCAGAGCCGCUUCGAUAGGGAAAACGCCGCCUUCCUGUCGCGCCGCGUGCCCGACUGCGUCAAAGCCACCCUGGCGCGCGUCGCGACCCGGGCGAGGUUCGCGGCUCUCGACGAGCGCGUGGGGGCCGGCGGCCGCGCGCAGCUCGACCGGCUCGGCCGCACGGGCCUGUCCCUGGCAAUCACGCUCGGGCGUGCUGACAUUAUCCGGGCGUGCUGCUACGAUUCGCAGGAGGCGGACACGGCGGACGCGCUCGGCUUGCUGCCGCAGCACUACGCGGCGAUGCGCGGCGACGUCUCAACCCUCGACGUCGUGCUGGACGCCGCGACGAAGGGCGUCGAUUUCCCGACCGCCGCGGGCCAGACCGCACUCCACCUCGCUGCGGUGUCCGCGCCGCAGGCGUCACGCCUGAUGUGCUGCGCGAACCUCCUGCGGCGCGGCGCUUCGCCGUGGCGCCGCGCGGCCUCGGGCCUGAACGCUUUGGACUUACUGGUCUACGCACCCGUGGCUCACUGGACGACCGGGACGCGCGCGGCGGCGGCGGCCAACGCCGCGGAGACGAUCGCGCUCGUGCUCGCCGAGGUCCAGCCCAGAACUGCGCCGCCGCCGCUGCCACCGCGGGCGCGGCGCCCGUCGGCCUACGACCCGCCGCCGUCGGAAGACGAAUCCCGGCAGGGUACUGACGAGUUCCUGCGGGCGACCGGCGUCGACGGCGAGGCCGCGGAGAAGCUGCGCGCCCUUGGGCCAGAAGAACGGGUGCGGCUGGUUCGCCGCCUCGAGAUCAGCGCCGCCGCCGGCGCGGGCGCCACCGAUUUGGCGGAAAUGAUUCUCGUGGCCGGUGAAGAGCGAUACGCCGCGACGGCGUCGGAGCUCGAGCACUUUCUGGAUCCGGCGCUGCGACCCGUCGCCGACCGCCUCGCCUUGACCUCGGCGGCGGUCUGGCGCCUCGCGACGCUGGAGCCGGCCGAGCAGAAGGACCUCGCGUACCGCUUCGCCGAGCCGGGCAUCCUCGACGACAAAAAGGACCUCGAUCAAUUCGUAGCCCAGGCUUUUGAGACGGAGAAGCCGUAUGAAAGUCUUGUCGCUGAAUUGAUUCUUGCGCUGGAGCCGCAUCUCGUCAACGCAAUUCACGGCCUCGCCGUCGACCUGUCGCGGAGUUGCGUCAAGGAGCUCCGGGCCCUGGACGCGUCGACGCAGCGCGAAAUGGCGGCCGCGCUGCCGACCCUAGACUUCCGCGGCAUCCGCGACCCGUCGGCCUACGUCCGCUCGCUCCUCGGGCGCGCGACGGCGGCCGUCGAGGAGACCAAGGACUUCGAGGAGACCAAAGACGAGCCGGUCGCGCCUAUGGUGUCGCUGUCGGCCUGGAACGCGGUUGUGGAGGCGGUGACCGCUGUACCGUGCCUCGCGGUUGCCGGCGAGGCGGAGGCGAUUCUACAGGGGUCGCUCCCCGUGAAGGCGCCGCUGGCCGUGGACCUAGCGCUGGCGCUCGAGUUCGACGGCACCGACGUCGAGCCGCUCCACGUGGCGCGGGACGCGGACACCGUUCGAGCGUUGGUGGCCAGGGGCUCCGACGUGAAUGCGCUGACGAUGAGCAAGGAGUGCGCGCUGCACUACGCGGCGCGGUCUAACGACAAGGCCAUGGUCCUUGCGCUCCUGGAAGCGGGCGCCCGGCCCGGUCCGCGUUUCGCGAACGUGCAUGGCGAGAGCCCGCGCGAUGUCGCCCCGCCGGGGUCCGCGGCGCGCGAGGCGAUGGACGCCCACAUCGCGAAGCUGCGGCAGGAGCGGGCCGAACGCAACAAAAGCAUGCGAACCGCGGAGGACUGGUCGCGGGCGCUGGAAGCGCUCGAUACGGCGCGGUCCGAGGCCGUGAGAGCGGGCCGCGACGCGAAGAAGGCGGACGACGAGGUGGAUGCGAUUAAGAGACGCGCUGAUACGGUGCUCACUGCAAAGGUCCUCGACAACGGCGCCGUCGAGACCGACGAGCAGCUGGUCGACCGCCUCGGGGCGGAGGCCACGAAGCUGGAGCUGGAGCUGGCCGAGGAGAAGAAGCAGUUGCAAGGAUGGUGGCAGGCGGCCGUUGGCGGAACGAAGGUGCAGAAGCAGCGCGAGCGGAUAGGGAAACUCGAAGGAGCGCUCAAUCGGCUGCGCGGCGAGCUCGCGGCGCUGGAGCGCCAAGGCGAGGCGGCGGCCCAGGCCGCGCGGCUGCGGGCCGAUUUGGAACGGCUGCGGGAGUCGAAGUACGCGGUGCUCCGGACCGACGUGGCCUCGGCGAAGAUCCGCCAGACGCUCACCUCCACGGUGACGAAUGAGGAGGACCUGAAGGGCGGCGUCGUCGCCGCGGCGCCGGACGCGAGCCUCGCGUUCCUGGAUCACUCGACGCCCGUAAAGCUGAUCGGCCAGGCGUUUGGCUCAUUCUUCCAGCUGCCCCCGGCCGAACGCGCGGCGACGCUGAAGGCGCUCAAGGACGUGGCGAGCCUCUUCCGGAAGGCGCCGAACACCAGUGUCUUCCUCGCCAAGGGGCGCGCCGGCGGGACCCGCGCCGUGCACCUGACGCGCGGCAUCGUCUGGCAAAGCUCGGACGACGACGUCGUCGACGGGUUGGCGUCGACGGUCAUCCGCGUGUUUGCCGUUGACGGCGGCGGCGCCGAUCCGGCCCAGUUCAAAAGCAUGCUCGCACAGUUAUUCGCGCGGGCCGGCCAGUCGCCGCUCCGGGGCCGCGACGUCAUGCCCGAUCCGGACUCCGAGACCGGUGUCGCGAAGUGGUAUAGACUCACGUCGCGCCUCGCGGCGGUAGAGGUGUUCCGUGGCACGGCGGGUCAGCCGUUUGAACUCGACGGGCCCGAGCAGCAAGCGGUCGCGGGCUUCUUCGAGGAUCCGCGGCCGCUCGUGUUGAAUGGGCGCGGUGGCUCGGGCAAGUCCCUGAUCGCCUACCGCGUCAUUAUCGAAGCCUACGACCGCGCGAUGCGCGCGGGCAAGCCGCCGCCGCGCAUGGUUGUCGUCACGGGCAGCGCGCGGCUCCGCGACGCCUUCCAGUCCCAGUUCGACGCGUAUCUGAAAGUGGCCCACCCGCUCGCGGCCGCGACGCGGACCAAGUCGCUCGACGUGGCCGCGCUGCCGCCGGGCCCGUCGUUCUUCACCACGGCGCAGCUCCUGGCCGCCCUCGACGCGACGCUGGCCGAGCCCUUCCGCCGGACCGUCCUGCUGAAGAAGGCCAAGUCCGCCGUCCCCACGACGCUCGUCGGCAAGCCCUGGGUCGACGCCUACGAGGACAAGGAGAAGCGGAAGGACAACGAAUCGGCGACGCUGGACCUCGCGGAGAUAUAUAGCGUCGUGAAGGGCUCGUCGGCCGCGCUGGCGGCGGGCCGGCCUCUGAAGCGCGCUGAGUAUGAAGCCUUGCCGCGCCGCGACACGGCCUUCGACGGUCAUGGGCGGCGGGCCUUCUACGGCCGCUACGAGCAAUACGAGAAGGCCCUCAAGGCCGACGGGCACCACGAUUCGCUCGAUAUAGUGCUACAUGUGGCGGCGCGGCUCGCGCGCAAGCCGCUCUACGACGCGCUCAUCGUCGACGAGGUCCAGGAUUUCCCGCACGCGACGAUCGAGCUGCUGCUGCGCCUCGCGUCGGACCCGAACGCGACGCUCUGGGGCGGCGACACGGCGCAGACCAUCGCGCGGACGCGGUUCCGCUUCUACAAGCUCGCUGACCUCCUCCGGCGGCACGCGUCCGAGCCGCGCGUCGUCGAGCUCGAGGUGAACUACCGGUCGACGCAGGAGGUGCUCGACGUGUCCAACGUCUUCGUGGCCGCGCUGUGUUCCCAGUUCGAGGGCCACGUCGACAAGCUCCCGCGCGAGGUGGCGCCGUUCCGCGGCAACUUUAAGGUUAGACUGCUGCGCGGGUCGGACUGGGAGGCCAUCGGCGACGCGGUCUUCGGCGACGGCACGCGCGAGGAGGUGUCCGAAUUUGGUGCGCAGCAGUGCGUCAUCGUACCCGAUGAAGCGGCGAAGCGGAACCUGCCGCCAUCGUUCGCGGGCGCGCUAUGCUUCACGCCGCUCGAAGCGAAGGGUCUGGAAUUCCAUACGGCCUUCAUUCUCGACGCCUUCCGCGACACGGACGCGGGCUGGUGGCAGGCCCUCGCGGAGGACGGGCGCUUCCUGGGCCUGGUCGGCGACGCGGGCGCGACCGACGGGAAGCCGGAUCCGCAGCUCUCCGCCGACCUCGCGCGCGUCGCCGAGCUCAAGAGCACGUACGUCGGCGUGACACGCGCGUGCGUGCGCCUGUUCUUCAUCGACACGAACACGCACGGCCGCCAGCCGUUCUAUGAACUCCUUCUCAGGCGGGACUUCGCCAAAUGGCACGAAGGCCAGGAUUUCGACGAAGGGCUCGGCGUCGCGACGAGCCGCCGCCGCUGGCGCGCGCGCGGCGACGAGCUGCUGGCGCGCAUCAAGGAGGGCGACGAGUCCAUCGCGGACCAGGCCGCGCUAUGCUUCGCGAAGACGGGCGACAAGGCGACUGAGUCGUUCUGCCGCGGCGUCGAGUGGCGGCGCGCCGCGCGCCGCGAGGCCGACGAGGAACGAGUCGUGGACCUGCAAUUGGCGGCGGCCUGCGCGUUCGCUAGGGGCGGCGCGCUCGACGCGUGUGCGGAUCUUCUAGCGCAACUCGGGAAGGACGAUCUCGCCGACGAGUGCCGUGACGCGGACGGCGCGGCGCGCUUGAUCGCCGACGCGCGCGCCGCGGAACGGGAGCGCGCCGAAGUCGCGGAUCGCGUUGUGGAGGUCUGCAAGGCGGCGACCCUCGCCACGCGCCAUGCGGCAUCGAACGCCAGGCGGGCCGCGCGCGAGUGUCGCCAGGCGCAAGCCGCGAUCGUUGCGCAAGAGCAGCGCGCCGAGGCCCAGGAAGCCGAGCGGCGCGCCCGGGAGCUGGCGGCGCGGCGGAAGCAGCGCGAAAAGGAGGAAGCGGAGCGGCGCGCCGAGGCGGCGAAGCAGCGCGCCGCGGAGGAAGCCGUGGCCGCCGAGAAGCGCCGCGCCGAAGUCGCGCGAAUCGAGGCGGCGCGCCGCGAGGCCGAACGCCAGGCCAAGGCCGAACGCCAGGCGCGCGCCGAGGAAAAGGCCCGCGUUGCUAAGGAGCGGCACGAGCGCGAGGCCCAGCAGCGGGCCGAGGCCUACCGGUUGCAGAGAGAGGCCGCCGCCCAGCGACGCGAGGCGGAGCGCCGCACCGCGGACGUCGAGCGCAUGGCGCGGGAGCGGCGCGAAGCCGAGCGCGAGGAGCGGAAGCGUGCGACUCGCGAGCGGGAGGAGCGCGAGCGCCUCGCCAUCGAGCGCCUCGCCGCCCAGCGCCGCGCCGAGCGGGAGAACGAGGAGGCGUCGUUAGCGCUCGCGCGGCGCCUCAUGGCCGAGGACGCCGCCGCGGCCGGGGAGACUUUGCUGCCGCAGCCUGCGGCGGCCGCGCCGCGGUCGCGCGAGGCCAUCGUGGCGGUGCUUGCGGACUGGAUCGCCACGCAACCCGGGCGAACGGCGCGGUCUUGUGACAUACCCAAGUUCUUCAAGGCACACCCGGAGCUUAGAAAGCCGGAGAAGGGUUACCAGUGGCUCACGGCCAAGCUCCUCGCGUCGCAAGGGCUCUCGAGAAGACCCGGCAACGGAUACUUCAUCAUCGAGUGCGCGGCCGGCACCGACUCGUUCUCCGAGCCCGGUGGUGACGACGACCAGACCUGCGCCGUGUGCAUGGACCGCGUGCCCGAUCACCGCGUCGACUGUCCGGCGGAGCAUCAAUUCUGCCUCUCGUGCAUCCGGGAGUGGUUUGAUCGCCUCAACACCUCUUGUCCGACCUGCAAGCGCGACGUCACGGGGGCCUUCCCCUUGGUACAGCGCGCCGCGGCGACGGUUCGGCAGCCGCCGCGCCAGCCGGUCCCGACGCCGCCGCCGACGCGACGGCAAGUGGUUUCGCCGGAAACGACGCCCGCGACGCCUGUGUGGGGCAACCAGCCGCCGCCGCCGCCUCCGCCGCCGCCGCCGCCGCCUGGACCGGGCGAUUCGGAGGCGGCCAAGAACCGGGCGAUGGCCGAGCUGCUCCGGUCGCUCGACGACUUCGAGCAGAGGUACGCGCAACUCUUCGAGGACAACAUGGUCACCAUCGACUGCAUCGCACAUCUCGAGCGCGAGGACUGGCGCGAGCUAGGCGUCCCCAUUGGCCACAAGUCGCGGAUCAUCUCACGCGUGCGCGAGCUGCAUCCGGAUUUGUGGUAACG